AUGGAUACCUUCGUAAAUCUCGCAGAGCAGGGCUUUAAAGCCUACACAUCCUCUCAAGGGAACGCUCACCAGACCGGCGGACAACAGUUCAACUCUCCCGACAACCGCCCUCCUCAGCAAUACUCUUCCGAGCACGCUCCUCAGAUCAACGAUGAUGAGGUUGUCUCUCAUGCCUCCAACAAUUCCGGUCAGGACAGUGGCCUCUUUUCUCAGGCCAUGAACCACAUCCGGUCGAACCCUCAACAACACCAAGAACCCAUUGACGAGGAGCAAGUUCAGCGUGCCCACCAGCAGGCCUAUAGCGGCGGAAGCGCUGGUGGCAUGAACGCCUCAUCUAUGGGAGGUGCCGCUGCUCUCCAGGCUCUGAAGCAGUUCACCGGCGGCGGCGGAGGAGGCGGAGGAUCUCAGCAGGAGCUCAUUAGCUUCGCUAUGCAAGAGGCCAGCCAGCUCUUCGACUCCUCGGGCGGAGCUAGUUCCGGAAACAAGCAGGACGCAGUCAACGGCGCCGCCAUGACCGUCAUGAAACUUCUCGUCCAGUCUAAAAUGAGUAGCAUGAUAGGCGGCGGCAACAGCGGAGGCCUCGGUGGGAUGGGUUCCAUGAUGAGCCUCGUAAGCCGUUAUCAUACCAUGUGA